UCACUCGUUCCAGUGAUCUCGGUACAAGCCGGGGCCGAUGUGACAGUGGCGUGCACUCUCCCUGAUGAUACGUUUAGCAUUCAAAAAGUCCACUGGUCAAAGCAGAGUGCAGGGGCCACUCUCAAAUCAAUUGUGACGCUGUGGAAAAAUGUAAAUCCCGUAUAUGGAGCCGGGUUUUCUCCCUCAAAAGUGAAGGCAGCAUUCAAUGAGAGGAAUAGCACUCUGACCAUUUUGAGGACAAGUACAGAAGAUGAGGGAAUGUAUCACUGUGCCGUCAUUGAAUAUACUGCUGUUACCUGGAGUGGGACUUAUUUGUCUCUGAAAGGAAAUACCCAGAGAACCACAAACUACACAGUUGUCCAGCAUUCAGGAGAAAUGGAUCCAAUAGGUUCGGGAAACUCAAAGACCCUGCAGUGUUCAGUCCUCUCUGUCUCUCAGAACCAGACGUGUUCAGAAGAUCUGAGUGUGUUCUGGUUCAGAGCUGCAUCAGAUGAAUCUCAUCCACACAUCAUCUACUCUGAUGGAAACAGAGCUGCUAAAUGUAACCAGAAAGCUGACACUCAGAGGAGAUGUGUGCAUCACUUCUCUAAGAACAUCAGCUCCUCUGAAGUUGGGACUUACUACUGUGCUGUGGCCACAUGUGGAGAGAUAUUAUUUGGAGAUGGAACCAAAGCGGACCCUGAGAAAAUACAGUUUAAAUGGCUGGCGACCAUAUCACUGUGCUUUUGCAUUUCUGUGAUGACAAACAUUUUCUUCAUUUGUUACAAAACACCAAAAGCUGCAUGUGUAAAAUCUGAAGGUGAAAAUGAUCUGAACUACGCUGCUCUGCAUUUUUCUGGAGCAAAAUAUACAAGAGGAAGGAAGAAAGAGCUGAAAACGGAAGAAAGUUGCGAAGGUGAAAAUGAUCUGAACUACGCUGCUCUGCAUUUCUCUGGAGCAAAAUAUACAAGAGGAAGGAAGAAAGAGCUGAAAACGGAAGAAAGUGUAUACUCGGAUAUUAAAAUC